UUUUAAUUUUCUUCAAGAACUUUUCCUUUGCCUUCACAACUUGGCUAACUGGCCCAAGAGGCCUACCUUUCCACUUCCUUCAGCUUUUGACAUGCCUUCCUCACUAUGCUUAAUCAUUUCUAGCUUUUGAUUUAAAGUGAGGGACAUAUGACUCUUCCUUUCACUUGAAGACGUAGAUGCCAUUGUAGGUUAUUAAUGGGCCUAAUUUCAAUAUUGUGUUUCAAGUAAUAGGGAGGCCUGGGAAGAGGGAGAGAGACAGGGAAUGGCCAAUGGGUACGGUUUGUGGUGCCCCAAAACAGUUACAGUAAGUAGUAACAUCAAAUAUCACUGAUCUCAGAUCAACGUAACAGAUAUAAUAAUAAUGAAAAUGUUUGAAAUAUUGUGAGAAUUAGCCAAAAUGUGACAUAGAGAUACAAAUUGAGCAUGUGCUGUUGGAAGAAUGGUGCCAAUAGACUUGCUCAGUAUAGGGUUGCCACAAACCUUCAAUUUGUAAAAGACACAAUAGAACGAAGUGCAAUAAAAUGUGGUAUGCUUGUACUUACCAUAAAGCAGAACUAAUAUUCUCCGAAAAUGUUGCUUGUCAGUCAUGUGGCUUCACACACCCCUAGAUUACUCCUUAUGUCCCUUAAAUUGGGAAACUGGCUUUAAAUAUGUUACCACAUUGAGGUAAAAUAUUUGGAUACAAUGACAUCACCAAAAAAAUUAACCAUACAAUAGCUGGUUAGUUACCUGGUUUUUUAGCAUGUUGUAGUAGACUUUUGCCAUUUUGGUUUGCCCAGUGUUUUUAAGUUGAUGAUUUCAUAUAUUAUUAGUCCCACUUUCCAGAAAACUUACAUCCUUAGUCUCUCUUGCAGCUGGGAAAUAGGCUUGUGACCUAGGUUUGACCGGUCAGUUACACGGAGUGAGACUUGUAUACAGAAGUGAGCAUUGUGAGCAAUCAUGUAUAGUUGAAUUUGAUGACCUGGUGAUCAUGUUAACAAAGGUGUUUGGUUUUUAAGGAGUGGCAAUGUCAGGGCUUGUGGAAUUCAGUCUGAAGUUUGUAGGUGCUCAGUGAUGGUGGCAGUGUGUGUGUGUAUUUUUUGCUGUUUACCUUCCUUCGUUUUCUCUGAUUAUCUGGGAUUUAUGGUUAGAUGUCUUAUGUUAAUUUUGGAAUAUUUUUGGCCAUUAUCUCUUCAAAUAUUUCUUCAUUCUCAUUCUCUUCCCUUUUUGUGGUCCAAAUUACCACUGUGUUCAAAAAUUUGAUAUUGUCCCACAGAUCCUGAAUAUUCUGUUUUUCUUCCACCACUAUUUUCUCUCAGUGUUUUGGGAUAAUUUAUAUUGACCUAUCUUCAAGUUCACUGAUUUUUUCCUUGGCUGAGUUGAGUCUACUGAUGAGCCAUUGAAGGCAUUCUUUAUCUGUCUAAACUGUUCUUUCUUAGAGUUUCGAUCUCUCUACUGAAGUUACAUUGUCCGUGUUGUUCUCCUUUUGGGUUAGAGCCCACAACAUAUAUAGUAUUUCACAUUUAAUUUUAGAUAUUUUCAACAUCUGUUUAAUUCUGUGUCUGUUUCUGAUAAGUUCUUUGUCUUUUCUCAGUGCUUUUUUUCUUUGCCUUUUUUAAUACCUUGUGAUUUUUUUGCUGCUGUUGCAAGGCUGACUUACUGUGUAGAACACUAGAGACUGAGGUAUAUAAUUUAUGUCUCUGUAAAUGGGCAUGUCUUUCCUUCUGUUAGGCCUUUAGUGCUGGGAUUUGAAUUAAUCUAGUUAGGAGUUGGGCUGGGUUUGAGGGUUUUUUUGUUGUGGUUACUCUCAGUAUACUUCAGUCUUCAAAUUCUCUGAGGGGUACUUUGUGAUUAGGGUGGGAGUUGGUUUACCAGAACAGUAUAUGUUCAAUUUUAAAUUUCAUGUCUCCCCUCUAAACUGUGCCUUAGUGAGGGUCUCUUUACAUGUUCUCAGUUUUUUUCCUGUCUCUCUCCCAGUAGGAUUCUGCUGUUACUGUUUCUGGAAGUUUGUUAGCUUGGAGAAGGGGAGGAGUGGUUGGGUAUGGUCUCUGUUGUUCUGAUUAAGCUUCAGAUUUAGGCCUGAGUCCCAGGAUCUUGCCCCUUCCCUGGCUGUUCUGGUGGGCUCUGUGGAAUCCUGCCCCUCUCCCAGGAGUAGAGUUCCCACUCCUCUUCCCACCUGCUUUGAGUUUUCACCAUUGUCUUAAGGGUAGAAGUAAUCUGUCUUUUCCUUCACAGAGGAAGGCUUGUCUUCCAUAGUGGAGAUAGGGGAGAAAUGAUAUGAGUGUUGAGUCUUGCCCCUCAGGCCUUGCUGCUGUUCUGUCCCCAGGUCUGCAUCACAAUGGGCACUCUUCACUCAGGGGUCUUUCCUCUUUGAGUGCCUGGGGUGGGAAGGUUGGUGGAGGAAGACCAUGCAGAAGGUUGGGGUCUCCCCAAUUUCUACGACCCCUCCCCCCAGUGGUUUUGCACUGUCCUUUCAGCAAGCCACGCCAGCUUUCACCUUUUUGCUAACUAUUCUACCUGAACUCCUGUUUGGUGUCCAGUUGGAGUCUACCCUAGGGAGUCAUUUAAUACUUCACUACUAGAACAAAUAUGUGAAAGUUCCUGCCAAACAGUGAGAAUUUCUUCCUUCGGACAUUUUUUGUUCUACUUACUGCACAGCUUUCUCAGUAGUCCCUUUUUUGGUGCCAUGUUCUGUGGCUUGCAUCAAAAGAGGAGUUUGUCUUCAUGAAGAUUCCUAACAUUGGUAAUGUGAUGAAUAAAUUUGAGAUCCUUGGGGUUGUAGGUGAAGGAGCCUAUGGAGUUGUACUUAAAUGCAGACACAAGGAAACACAUGAAAUUGUGGCGAUCAAGAAAUUCAAGGACAGUGAAGAAAAUGAAGAAGUCAAAGAAACGACUUUACGAGAGCUUAAAAUGCUUCGGACCCUCAAGCAGGAGAACAUUGUGGAGCUGAAGGAAGCCUUUCGUCGGAGAGGGAAAUUGUACUUGGUGUUUGAGUAUGUUGAAAAAAAUAUGCUUGAAUUGCUGGAAGAAAUGCCAAAUGGAGUUCCACCUGAAAAAGUAAAAAGCUACAUCUAUCAACUAAUAAAAGCUAUUCACUGGUGCCAUAAGAAUGAUAUCGUCCAUAGAGAUAUAAAGCCAGAAAAUCUCUUAAUCAGCCACAAUGAUGUUCUGAAACUGUGUGACUUUGGAUUUGCUCGGAAUCUGUCGGAAGGCAAUAAUGCUAAUUACACAGAGUAUGUGGCCACCAGAUGGUAUCGGUCCCCAGAACUCUUACUUGGAGCUCCUUAUGGAAAGUCCGUAGACAUGUGGUCAGUGGGCUGUAUUCUUGGGGAGCUUAGCGAUGGACAGCCUUUAUUUCCUGGAGAAAGUGAAAUUGACCAACUUUUUACUAUUCAGAAGGUUCUAGGACCACUUCCAUCUGAGCAGAUGAAGCUCUUCUACAGUAAUCCUCGUUUCCAUGGUCUCCGGUUUCCAGCUGUUAACCAUCCUCAGUCAUUGGAGAGAAGAUACCUUGGAAUUUUAAAUAGUGUUCUGCUUGACCUCAUGAAGAAUCUACUGAAGUUGGACCCAGCUGACAGAUACUUGACCGAACAGUGUUUGAAUCACCCUACAUUUCAAACCCAGAGACUUUUGGAUCGUUCCCCUUCAAGGUCAGCAAAAAGAAAACCUUACCAUGUGGAAAGCAGCACAUUGUCUAAUAGAAACCAAGCCAGCAAAAGUACUGCUUUGCAAUCUCACCACAGAUCUAACAGCAAGGACAUCCAGAACCUGAGUGUGGGCCUGCCCCGGGCUGAUGAAGGUCUCCCUGCCAAUGAAAGCUUCCUAAAUGGAAACCUUGCUGGAGCUACUCUUAGCCCGAUGCAUACCAAAACCUACCAGGCAAGCACCCAGCCUGGGCCUACCAGCAAAGAUCUCACCAACAACAACAUACCACACCUUCUCAGCCCAAAAGAAGCCAAGUCAAAAACAGAGUUUGAUUUUAAUAUUGACCCAAAGCCUUCAGAAGGCCCAGGCACGAAGUACCUCAAGUCAAGCAGCAGAUCUCAGCAGAACCGACACUCAUUUAUGGAAAGCUCUCAGAGCAAAGCUGGUACACUACAGCCCAGUGAAAAGCAGAGUAGGCAUAGCUAUAUCGACACCAUUCCCCAGUCUUCUAGGAGUCCUUCCUACAGGACCAAGGCCAAAAGCCAUGGGGCACUGAGUGACUCCAAGUCUGUGAGCAACCUUUCCGAAGCCAGGGCCCAGAUUGCAGAGUCCAAUACCAGUAGGUACUUCCCAUCCAGCUGCUUGGACUUGAACUCUCCCACCAGCCCAACCCCUACCAGACACAGCGACACGAGAACUUUGCUCAGCCCUUCAGGGAGAAAUAACAGGAAUGAAGGUACUCUGGACUCACGCCGAACCACAACCAGGCAUUCUAAAACAAUGGAGGAAUUGAAGCUGCCUGAGCACAUGGACAGCAGCCAUUCCCAUUCGCUAUCUGCACCCCAUGAAUCCUUUUCUUAUGGGCUAGGCUACACCAGCCCCUUCUCCUCUCAGCAGCGUCCUCAUAGGCAUUCCAUGUAUGUGACCCGGGACAAAGUGAGAGCCAAAGGCUUGGAUGGAAGCUUGAGCACAGGGCAAGGGAUGGCGGCCAGAGCCAACAGCUUGCAACUCUUAUCACCCCAGCCUGGAGAACAACUCCCUCCAGAGAUGACUGUGGCGAGAUCAUCUGUCAAAGAGUCCUCCAGAGAAGGCACCUCUUCUUUCCACGCUCGUCAGAAGUCUGAGGGUGGAGUGUACCAUGACCCACACUCUGAUGAUGGUACAGCCCCCAAAGAAAAUAGACAUCUGUACAAUGAUCCUGUUCCAAGGAGAGUUGGUAGCUUUUACAGAGUGCCAUCUCCACGUCCAGACAAUUCUUUCCACGAAAAUAAUGUGUCAACCAGAGUUUCUUCCCUACCAUCAGAGAGCAGUUCUGGAACCAACCACUCUAAAAGACAACCAGCAUUCGAUCCAUGGAAAAGUCCUGAAAAUAUUAGUCAUUCUGAACAACUCAAGGAGAAGGAGAAGCAAGGUUUUUUCAGGUCAAUGAAAAAGAAAAAGAAGAAAUCUCAAACAACAGAUUCCACCAACGGGGAGAAUCCAAGCAUCAAGAAAUCCCUCUUUCCUCUUUUUAAUUCAAAGAAUCAUUUAAAGCAUAGUUCUUCUUUGAAAAAGCUUCCUGUAGUCACUCCACCCAUGGUGCCCAAUUCUGAGGGCCCUGAUCUUCUGACAUUGCAGAAAGCCAUUCACUCUGCUAGCACUCCGAGCAGCAGACCAAAGGAGUGGCGCCCUGAGAAGAUCUCGGAUCUACAGACCCAAAGCCAGCCGUUAAAAUCACUGCGCAAGCUGUUACAUCUCUCUUCAGCCUCAAAUCACCCGGCUUCCUCAGAUCCCCGCUUCCAGCCCUUAACAGCUCAACAAGCCAAAAAUUCCUUCUCAGAAAUUCGGAUUCACCCCCUGAGUCAGGCCUCUGGCGGGAGCAGCAACAUCCGGCAGGAGCCCACCCCAAAGGGCAGGCCAGCCCUCCAGCUGCCAGGUCAGAUGGAUCCUGGUUGGCACGUGUCCUCUGUGACCAGGAGUGCCACAGAGGGACCUUCCUACUCUGAACAGCUGGGUGCCAAGAGUGGGCCAAACGGGCACCCGUAUAACAGAACAAAUCGCUCACGAAUGCCAAAUCUGAACGAUUUAAAAGAGACAGCCUUGUAAUUUGUGCUGGU